AUGCAUCCACUCAUCGUCAGCGCUGUGUCGACUUUGCUUUCAGCAACUGCAUCACAGGCAUACUGCCCACCACCAGGUUCGCUACUUCCGCCACCAGUAAUACCUUCCAACUUAUCGAGGUUCAAUGUGCCGGAGUCGGCGUUUGCAGAUGUACCCUGGGCUUCAGAUACAUCUUAUGCGAUCAAAGCCUCCAUCGGCGAUGUCACAAUCUUCGAACAUGCAUACUCCGCACCUGGCCGUGAAGUUGGCCAAUCACUUCUCGAAACGAGCCUUCGCAUUGGUAGUGUCACUAAGACAUUUACCAUGCUAGCGAUCCUUCUCAGUGCCAAUAAUAUCAAGUUAUCAGAUUCGAUCACCAAGUUCAUCCCAGAACUGAAUGAGAAGGCGUUUGGAGAAGUCACAAUUGCUGCACUGGCAAGCCACACCAGCGAUCUAGGCCGUUACAUUUACGUUGGAGAUCUCGCCGUAGUACCAGGUUUCAAUCCUGCAGCCUUCGGCCUUCCAAGCGUCAAUGAAACGGGCGACAAAGUAUCCCCAUGCGAUCCCUUCCCCGGUGGCCGCACCUGCACACGCGAAGAAGUACUCGCCGGUCUCAACAACCCCGCCUAUCACCCACGUUCACCAGACUCCGGACCUCGGUACUCAAACAUAGGCUACACCCUCCUCGGCAUGGCCCUCGAGUCUGUCCACAAGAAGAGCUCCGAACAAGUCAUCCACGACCUCAUCAUAGAUCCACUCGGUCUGAGCAAGACCACCUUCUCCGUCCCCACAAACUCCAGCACCGCCUUGCUGCCUCGCUCCUCAGCAGAUGCAGGUUGGUUCGUCCCCGACUUCGGGAACUACAACCCCUCCGGCGGCCUCUGGUCGACACCCAAUGACCUUAUCAAGUUUCUGCAAUCCACACUAUCUCACAAGUUACUCAGCAAACCCGAGACACGCCGCUGGUUGCAACCCCGAGCACUCCUGCCUUCACUGCAUCAAGCAGUCGGCGAGUCGUGGGAGAUUCUCAGGCCAACAGAUUUAGACGUCAAGACGCAACGGCCGAUUGAUAUAUUCACCAAAACGGGCGGCGUGACAGGGUAUGCGGCGUAUAUUGCGAUCAUCCCGGAGUACAGCAUUGCACUCACGAUUAACGCUGCUGGUGGACAAGCGAACAACGCUGUGUCAACGCUGUUCCCACAGCUUGUGAAGCCGUUGGUAGCGUAUACGGAUAAGCUGGCACGGGAACAGGCCGCGGUGAAGUAUGCGGGGACGUACAAGGCUACUGAUGCUAAAGGCGCGAACAGUAUGACCUUGGCAGUAGAUGACGGGCCUGGGCUGGCUAUCGCAGACUUGACCAUGAGCGGGGUCCCGGUUCUGCGAUCGCUUGCCACAGUGCAGGAGAUUCCCUUUGAGAAUCUCAGCGCGAGGCUGUACCCUUCUGACCCAGACUCUCUAGGCACUGGGAAGGAAGUCUGGAAGAUUCUGAUUGACAUGAAGAAUAAGGAAAGGGGCUUUGCUGAGCUACAAUGUGCGAGCUGGAAUUGGGGCGAUGGGUUACGGUAUGUAACAGAGCCGUUGGAUACUGUUGUCUUCACAAAAGACGCAAAUGGAGCUGUAAGCGUAGAGCUCCUGGGUUGGCGAGCACAGCUAGUCAGAAUAUAG